AAGAUAUCAAAGUUCAUUUGACACCAAAAUCCCACGUUUGAGACUCGGCUAGAUUAGAAUAUCAGAGAGUGAGAACUCACUUUUAGUUUUAGGUGGUUAUUUUUCAUUAAACAUCAAGAAGAUUUCAGCUAUACAGAAAAAUUGCUUUUAUUCCCGUUUCAGUUAAAUUUGGAGUAGCUUAACGGGGGUAAUGUUUCGCGAGAAAUACCAGAGCUUUCUUCGGAAGCAACAUGACUUACUUCGCCCUCUUGCGACAAAACUGGAGCAAUAUGCAAUAGUGUCCUCAUGUGUGACUCUGCUCAUCAUUCUUCUCAUUGGAGUUGCUGGAGUGAAGACCAGUCUGAGUGUGAACUUUGACCUCCCGGAUGUGACCUCGCCUGUUGACACUGUGUACUACCAAAGAUACCUGAAAUUCAAAGAUGUGUUCGCAUACAACAGUACGUCAUUCUAUCAACCGCAAUGGACAAUGGAUCUCAGGAUCACUUUUCUGGCAGUUAUCAUGUAUCCAGGAAACGAUUCUCAAAGACCCAUCAAUGGAGAAGACUUGAAUGGGGUUCAUACUAUUAACCAAUUUUUUGACAUUGUCGAAGACUUUGAGUCAUCUGACCAGAAAACGUUCUCUGAUUUGUGUGCAAAACAUGUUUGGCUGAAUAAAGACAAGUGUAUCAGAAUGAACACGACUGAACCAUUCAAAGAGAAGUACAGAGAAAGUGCAUCUGGAAUUAUGGAGUUGAUUAUGAACAAUGGAACCAAACGGAAGCGCGGCCAUACCAUUGAUUUUCCUGCUCAAAAACUCAUAUUAGACGAGUUUGUUGUCAUCCCAUUCGCAAACGUCUUCGGCUCAUCAAAGCGAGGCGAAGAAGGACUUGAUGUGCAUAUUUGCAAAAGGAAUAUCGGAAAGACAAGAAUGAAAUACAAUGCCACUUGCAUGUAUGUCGGGGAGAAUGCAAACAGAGUAGAAGCAUUGAGGUAUGCCUGGUUUCUCCGACACGAUACUCAACAAGACCGCGACUUGGCCUCUAAUUGGUUGUCGGGAAUCCACGAGAACUGUCAAAGUUUUGCCGCGCAGGCCAACAAUGCAACUGGAAAUAAUGGGUGGAAAUUUAGGUGUUUCAGUAACAUUGCGCCUAUUCAAGGUGGAAUCGAAGCAACGCAAUAUGAUAUGCGAUUUGUCGGCUUUUCUGCGAUUCUGGCGUUAUUCUUACCUUUUGUAUGGCUUGUGAAGCCCUGUGCUGACAAUAACUUUGCCAUUUUGUUUCUGCUUGCGAUAGGAACUUUCCUGUGUACACUCAUAGGAACUGUGGGUGUCGGAAGUCUGCUGGGAUUUGAGAUUGUGUACACGUUUGCAGUUCUGGUUGUCUUUCUAGAAUUCUUCCAUUUGAGAUUGGCCCUUCUGAUCACGGACUCAAUCAAGGAGUGUAGUCGUGAAAAGUCAGGAGAAGAGGAGGACUUCUCAGUCUUGUUCGCCCAUUGGGCUCCCAUUGUGGUGUCCACGUCUCUCAGUCUGAGUCUCACCGCUUUUCUCUUCAAUGGCUGCAUGUAUAAACUAGUGUGGCAUCCAGCCGCAUUCGCAGGAAUCUUCUUUCUGUUGUCUUGUUUGACAUGCCUAUUUGCUUUCUUGCCUCUUCUUGGCCGAACGCUCAAGGCCGGAAACGAGGGCAAAAGUCCCUGCUGCAUGGGAAAAGCUAGUGGACCUGCACGUAACUCUUUGGUCUCUAGAAUCAAGCGAGCGUACCAUUCGGACAUUUUAUGUUCACCUGGUGUACGUGGUCUUACACUAACGUUAUUUGCUGUGUUCUUCUUGCUGUGUUUUGUCUACAGCUGCGUCAUAAUGUCGGCUGAAAACCACGAUGAAAGAUACUACGGAUACGACAGAUUGCAAUCUUUCCUACCUGAUUCCGAUGUUGCUGAGACGAUAAGAAUGUUGAAAAAGUAUUACCCAGACGUUGGUGCAGGUGUUCAAAUUAUUUUCAACAACAAGGCGAAGUACUGGAAUGAGAUCGGGCUGGAAAAUUUCGAGGCUUGUCCACGGUCUGACUCAGCCUGUAGAUUCCAUUCGAAUCUGGUCACAGAUGAGAUCUUCACACCCUUGUGGGCUAGUUCCGACUGGAUGAGACCUCGUUUCGGACUCAGUUUUUAUGACAUAAUGAUGGCUUUCCUUUUCUCCGACGGUGAAAAGAACUUGAAGACCGAGACAAAUUUCAGAACCUACUUCAGUGUGCCGUUUUUAUCUUCUCCGUCGACCGCAGGCCUGUUUAAUGAUAUGGGAAGGUACCAUAUGGACGCCUUGUCUAUGCCACCUUACAAGGAAGAAAUCGAAGGCGAUCCGUAUACAAGAAUGUACAUCGGGAUGAAAUUAAUAACACAUACAGCGCAUGAAGUGGAGGUAAUGACACAACUUGAGGAGGCUCAUAAGCAAUUAGCUAUGGAUCCGAGUUUCGAACUGAAAAAUUACUACCCGGCAGACUCGUUUGAACUGUACUCGCCGAUGUUUUUGCUUUUCGAAAGCAGUCGCGAUGUGAUGUCCAGAACUAUUUUUCUGCCUCUCGUAAUUGGAGUCUUAGUUCUGCUUCCGCUGUGUUCAUGUAUUGCUAUACCACAUCCAAUUGCAAUAUUGGCAAUAUACGUUAAUUCAAUCAUGCUUUUUGUGGAGUUCUUUGCUCUGCAGAUGCUACUGGGGACAACACUAAGCAAUAUAUCAAUGGCCUUUUACUUCGCAAUGUAUCUAUUUGCCAUUGAUUUCUCUUAUUAUUCGGUUCAUGCUACUUUGAAGUAUCUGAUGUCAAAAGAUGCCGACGAUGGGAACGUCUCAGCAGCGCCUCCGAGUCCUAUUCAAGGAAUCUCUAGUAUGCUGGUAUCCUUGCUGGCUUUCGCAAUUAUUUGUGCGAAGACUUACACAACGUUGGCUGUUGUUGUCAGAAACUGUAUUUUCGUGUUUGGGAUCCUAGGACCCUUACAUGAAAUUAUGUUUGUACCGUGUUUCAUGUCGCUUAUAUUGGCAACUAAUAAAAAGUACACCGAAGUUGAGCUGAAAGAAGAAGGAGAUGAGAAAAAUGGAACUCUUGUAGCUGAAGUUAAAGAGAAAUCUCAAGAUACUGCUACCUAAACCAAAGUGCAUUAUUUUGGAAACUCAAAAAUGCAAUCAAUUGUUUGGCCAUAUAAUUAUAUAUUUUAUUCAAUGCGUUGUCGGUGAUAAGUUAUAUUUAAUGAGUUAUGAAAUUAUCGGAAUAUUUUGGUCUUCUUUUUGAAUUUGGAUUAUUUUAUUGAACUAUUAAAAUUCUGCUGAA